AUGUUAUUUUAUUCUUGCCUUGUAAUUGUCAUUGUUGCUGUUGCUGUUGUCACAGGGAGUCAUCACGAUUAUCAUCGUCCAGAUAAAAAACACCGUUACAAACAAGAAAAACCUGUACGUGUCGUUCCUUUUGGUCAGUACAGCAGUUCGAGUUAUCAACUGUGUAACGGUCCAGUUGUGUUUAACAAUCAAGAUGGGAACACGUUGACUUAUGUUCGUGGUGGUGAUUCGAAAUUCGGCGGUCAAAAACCAGGCAUCUUUCUAACACUUGGCUUUGGUCUAGCUAGUGGGAGUACUCGGGGUGAAGUCCAUCUGUGGCGACGCUACAACGGUGUUGACCUCCCAUACAGUAAUGCAAUUCAAACGGUUGAAAACGGUAAUUCCUACGUCUUGCCGACAUUUGGAAUAUUAGACUACAGUGUUGGCCAUCAAGAAACAUUUGUCAUGAGCACAACAAGGAAAAAUGAAGUUGGACUAAUUGCUAAACAACCCGUGAAUCAGGAACCAUUGAUACCGAGCAUCACUCAUCUUGCAAUUCGGCUAGAUGAUGGCACAAAACAAAUUCCCUAUGCUCAACUCUACAGUACACAAUCACAGGGAAUUAGCGAUUCAAAUGCACAUGAGAUCACGUUCGAUGUUGGACAAACCUCGCUACAAGGAAUCACUCUGAGCAGUGAUGAUCUGACAACAAUUACAUUUAGUGAAACUGGUCUCUACUACGUUCAAGCUGCGGCUCAUGUCGGCGGCAGUGGUGCUACGGCAUCAGGUAAUGUUCAUCUGUGGUCAAGAUUGAAUAACGUGGACAUUGCCAACAGUAACACAAUACAAACUGUGAUCGAUGGGAGUAAAUCAGUUGUGAUUAGUCAAGGUAUUAUGGUUGUACAAGCUGGAGACACAAUGGAGCUGGUCUUCUCAUCCACAAGUGAUAGUGUUGGGUUAGUCGCCGAUUUUCCCAAAGGAGAGCCAGCAAAUCCAUCAGCAGCUGUAUCCAUUGGUAUGAUUGCCAAUUCAGAAAACUUGAUGAAGACACCUUAUACUCAGCUGUCUUCUUCCGUCAAUCAAUUCGUUGAUGAUUGUUCAAACGAAGCACAGAUCGUUCAAUUCGAUGUUACAGGUGCAACUAUCCAACGUAUGAUAUAUGAUACCAGUGACAGGUCCCUUGUCUUUGAAGAAAGGGGAACCUAUUUCAUCAUCGCUGCUGUUCAAAUUGGAAGUGAAACUGGUAACAAUGAAACAGGUAGUUUAGAUCUGUGGAUGAGACUGAAUGGCAUCGAUAUUCCAGAUUCAAAUGCUCAACAAGCCUUUCCAAAUGCCGGUACCGCAGUGUUGCCAAAUGCAUUAGCUAUCGAAGUGAAAGCAGGUGAUCGUCUGCAAAUUCUUUUCUCAUCGACAAAUAAGAGAUUGGGUCUCAUUGGAACAACUGUUGCGGAUGAAUCGUAUGUACCGAGCAUUAUUUUUACAGCUUUUAAAGCAAUGAACACUCGUUCGUAA